AUAAAAUUUCAAGAAAACAACACCUCAAACUUCCAACUCUUUUUUCUCUCUCUGCAAAAUCAACACCAUGUCCACAAUAGUAUGCCAGCAGAAUUUCGUCACCGAGACCACCACCACCCUAAAACUCAGAGUCGGCGCCGGCGAUGACUCUGUCGGAAGCUGGGGAUUUCUCCAAAACAACUCUCAACAAUCAUCAUUCCUCAAUAAAGAAUCCUACUACACUCACCCUUUAUCCUACAAUUCCAAACUCAGCCCUAAAUCCCUACAGCUAUGCACCGAGAAUUUGGGGAGCGAAUCCGGCUACGACACCUUCUCCGACUGCGCCACCGUUUUCUCCGCCUCCGACGAUCACCCAACCUUCUCACUCCGCCAUUGCGAACACCAGAAAUCUUCGCCCAAAUACUGCCGGAAAAUCAAUGAAUUUCCGCCGCCGCUCACCACAAUGAGCGGCGCCAGCUCGCUGCAGGUGCGCCGCCACAGAGAAGGCGGCCGCCUCAUCAUCGACGCGGUCGAGGGGCCUUUCAGAAACUCCUACCUGCACGCCGAGAGGAGCGACGGCCGCCUCAAGCUCUGCUUCACCACCGCCGCCGCCGAAGAGGAAGAGAUUGAGGAGCCUGGAAAUGAAUUUGAAUCAGAAUCAGAAUCGGAAUUGGAAUCGGAAUCGGAAUCGGAAUCAGAAUCGGAGUCGGGUGUGGAUAUGAAUUUAUUGGAGAAAAAAUUUCAGAGGUUUAGUAGGUGCAAAGAUGGGGGCAGCCAUGAAACCAAAGCAUUGUGCUGUAGUUGGAAACCUUCUACACUUUGGGUCGCAACUUCUUAAUAGUCCUACUAUAAUUUUUUUUGGAUCUACAAAUUUUAGUUUUGUUGGAUCCAUUUCUAUCCUAACUAGCAUGUUUUUACCACCCUGCCUCUGGCAAUUAACGUAUUAUUCGAAUGAUUAUAACGGGAACUACAUCAAUUUUUACGUACAAA